AUGGCCCCCUCCCUCCAGGUGUCGCCGCGGAUACAGGAGGCCCGCGAUUUGGAGAAGAAGGACCCUUCGAAGGCCGCGAGCAGUUACGAGAAGAUCCUCUCCGAGGGCCCAGGAUCGACAGAGGCCUCAUCGCGAGACUAUGAGCAUGCAUUGAUUGGAUUGGGCCAGGUGUACCGAGAUGCCAAGAAGCCGCAGGAGAUUGCAGACCUCAUCAAGACCAGCCGAGACACGUUUUCGUCAUUUGCCAAAGCGAAGACAGCCAAGCUGGUUCGCCAGCUCCUGGACCUCAUCAGCGAAAUCCCCAACACUCUCGAUCUCCAAGCCGCCGUGAUCCAAUCAUGCAUAGAAUGGGCCAUCGCUGAGCGCCGGUCCUUCCUCCGACAAAACCUUCAAGCGCGCUUGGUCGCUAUCCACAUGCAGAAGCAAGCCUACUAUGACGCCCUUACUCUCAUCAACUCUCUUCUCCGCGAGCUGAAGCGCCUGGACGACAAGCUUAUGCUGGUGGAGGUGCAGUUGCUGGAGUCUCGUGUGUACCAUGCUCUGGGCAACCAGUCCAAGGCACGCGCUGCACUGACAGCGGCUCGGACGUCUGCUGCAUCCGUUUACACACCGCCCAAUCUGCAGGCAGGCCUGGACAUGCAGAGCGGAAUGUUGCACGCGGAGGAUAAGGACUUUAACACCGCCUUCUCCUACUUCAUUGAGGCUCUGGAGGGAUAUAACUCGCUCGACGAGGGUGAGCUGGCGACUGCUGCUCUGCAGUACAUGCUGCUUUGCAAGAUUAUGCUGAACCUUGUUGAUGAUGUCACUCAAUUGCUGGGCUCUAAGCAGGCCCAAAAAUACGCUAGCCCACAGGAGUACGAGAAGGCUCUUUCUGACUACCGAUACGAGCUCGGCAGCGACAGCUUCAUCCGGAAUCACCUUCGCCGCCUGUACGAUGCCAUGCUGGAGCAGAACUUGAUCAAGGUCAUUGAGCCUUUCAGCCGGGUGGAGUUGGAUCACAUUGCCAAGAUGGUCGGGCUGGAUGUCCAGCAAGUGGAGCGCAAGCUUUCCCAGAUGAUCUUGGACAAGGUGAUCAUCGGUGUUUUGGACCAGGGCUCCGGUUGUCUGAUCGUUUUCGAUGAGACAGAACGUGAUCAAGCUUAUGACGCCGCUCUAGACACAAUUGAGAAGCUGAGCAAUGUGGUGGAGGGACUGUAUACUAACCAGGCAUCACUUCUGGAGUAG